AUGCACACAUGGAGAGAGCCCCCCUGGUCUGUGCCCUGUAGAGCACCCCCUAGCUGGCCAAAGGAGGGAGUGGUGGAGUUCAGGAGCUAUGAGACGGAGCUUAACCCAUCACCCGCUGAACUGUCUUUUUGCACCCGGACCAGAGAGAAGGUUGGUGUGGUGAGCAGAUCAGGAGCAGAGCUGGACGCCAUAACCAGUUCUCUUUUCCGAUUGGUGGAGGGCCGAAGGGGCGUGUUGAUGAUUGACGGGGUGGACAUCUCUAGUGUGGGACUCCAUGACCUUCGCAGCCGGUUGGCGGUCAUUGCUCGGGUUCCAACUCUGUUCUCCUGUUCACUGCGCUCCAACCUGGACCCCUGGGGUUGCCAUGGGGAUGCCCAGGUGUGGCAGGCACUGGAGAGGUGCCACCUGAAGGAAAGGGUCAGCUUGCUGCCAGGACAGCUCCUCUACCCACUACAACACGGGGGGGCCGGGCUCAGCUCCAGUGAGAGGAGGCUGCUGUGUGUGUGUCGUGCCCUGUUGAAGGGCUGUGUUGUCCUGGUAGUGGAGGACCCUAUUCCCCCUGUAGACGUCCACACUGAGAGGCUGCUCCAGAGCAUCAUACACACACACUUCUCCCACUGCACCGGGCUGUAUCUAACACAGAACCCUGGGAACGUCACACACACUGACAGGGUGUUGGUGUUAGAUGGGGGACGUGUGGCUGAAUUUGACUGCGCCUCUGCUCUCCUCCAGAGGGGGGCACUGUUCUCCCAGCUGCUCUCUGAGACACAUAGAAACCAAGACACAGAAGAAGAGUGAAGAAUGAGGGUGGAAAUUGGUAUUAGGAACAGAACUAGGAUAAUUUUACCCAUGAUCAUAAUGAUGCUGGACUAGCUGUUUGAUUUUGCUCAGUUGUUUGAAGCAUUGGGUUUCAACACCAGAGUAAUAACACCAGAUUAAUAACACCAGAGUAAUAACACCAGAGUUGUGGGUUUCAACACCAGAGUUGUGGGUUUCAACACCAGAGUAAUAACACCAGAUUAAUAACACCAGAAUAAUAACACCAGAGUUGUGGGUUUCAACA